AUGCCAUCACAAUCUUGGAAAUCCACUGCCUCACCUUUCAACCAGAUGUCUUCAGUUGGUCGGCCUCAACGUCCGCAACAACCCCCCUCCAAUCCCAGCAUGUUUACACCAAGCCACGAUUCUCAAAGGCGACUUUCUGAUGUGUCAGUUCAACCCAGCCCCGGGCCUUUGAAGCGUAAGCGGGCAUCCUCUGUCACAGUGAUUGAAUUGGCUGAUGAAGACAAAUCCAAAUCAAAUGAACCACAUCCAACCAAAGAUGAAUAUUUAAGAAUGUCAAAGAAGAAGGGAAAAUACUCCCAACCAGCUUGUCGUUGGUCAUUUGUGCAACUCUUGUCGCCAAUUUGGACAAAGAAAAUGCAAAAGUCAAAAUUCAAGGUCAGCGAACUCUGUUGGAACAGGAUGAGCACAAAUCACUCAUCAAGUACUUUGGAGAACCGUUCCACAAAAAAGGGGAUGUGA